CCAUACUCUGCUGCUUCAUCUCCUGCCUCCGAGCUCCGGUCUCAACUCAGCUCAGUAUGGACCCCAACUGCUCCUGCACUACUGGUGGCUCCUGCAGCUGCGCCAGCUCCUGCACGUGCAAACAGUGCAAAUGCACCUCCUGCAAGAAGAGCUGCUGCUCCUGCUGCCCUGUGGGCUGUACCAAGUGUUCCCAGGGCUGCAUCUGCAAAGGGGCAUCAUUGGACAAGUGCAGCUGCUGUGCCUGAUUCCAGAGACACUGCUCCACAUGUACAUAGAAUGGCUGUAAAAACCUGUGUUUUUUCAUAUACCCUGACCGAUUUAUU